GUGGAAAAGAGAGAGGGAGGGUAAGAGGGUAGGAGGGGCAGAAAAGUCGUGCGUACUGGGUGGUCGUGAAGCCGGUUAAGAGUUCCUCCGUUGCAAGUGAUGGCCCACUGUAGUGGGGAACUCGUGCAUAUGCGCGUGCGUUGGCGGGGAACUCGUGCGUAUGCGCGUGCGUGGGCGUGUGCGCGGCUGUGCGGUGCGGUGCGGCUCGCUUCGGCUUAACGCGCGCGCGGCGCAGCGCUGGUGACGAGCAGAAAGCGACUGGAGGCCAGAAGAAGAAGAAGGUGGAGAAGGUGGUGGUGAUGAGGUAGAGGAAAGAACGACCCUGAUGCUCUCCUGCCUUCCUCUCCUCUCACUUGCUCUUUCUCCUCGUCUUCUGCCGCAGUCACUCUGAAACGCAAAGGAAAGUGAAUAUGGAGUUGUUUUGCCACGAAAAACCAGUGGUGGUCAAAGCUUUUCUAGAUCCCACCAUAUUCCGGAACGACAGGGUGCUGCGGAGUCUGCUAGAGGUCGAGGACACUUUUCUCCCACAACCUUUUUAUUUCCAGAGCGUUCAAAAAGAUCUGAAGCCCUACAUGAGGAGGAUAGUGGCCACUUGGAUGCUAGAGGUUUGCGAAGAAGAGGAGUGCGAGGAAGAGGUUUUUCUUUUGGCUGUCAAUUACCUGGACCGCUUUCUGUCGGCCGUGCAGACGAAAAAGUCAUGCCUGCAGCUCCUCGGCGCCGUGUGCCUCUUCCUGGCAUCCAAGAUGAAAUCGAACCAGCCGUUAUCUGCCAGGAAGCUAUGUUUGUACACGGACAACUCGAUUACGUCUCAGGAUCUGCUGAGCUGGGAGUUGAUAGUUCUGGGAAAAUUGAAAUGGAACCUGGCAGCUGUCACACCCCAUGACUUUGUGGAGCACAUCUUACACAAGCUUCCCUUACCCCAGGACCGAGUGACGCUGAUUAGGAAACACGCACAGACUUUCAUUACUCUUUGUGCCACAGAUCACAGCUUCUCGAUGUUCCCUCCCUCGAUGAUCGCCUCGGGGAGUGUGGGUGCGGCGGUGUGCGGACUCCACAUCGACCACACGGAGAGCAGCGUCUGGGGCGAGAGCAUGACUGAACAGCUGGCCAAAAUCACCCAUAUUGAAGUAGAAUGUCUGAAGUCGUGUCAGGAGAAGAUCGAGCAAUUGCUGACUAGCAGCCUCCGGGAAAGCAGGCAGCAGAAGCAUCAGGGGGGCGGCGUCACCAGCAAAGGGGCAGAGCCUCCGAGCCAGUCAUGCACCCCGACAGAUGUGCGGGACAUCGAUUUAUGAUUCAUCACCGCACAACAACCCUACGCCCGUACCACCCCUACCGACCCCUCAUCACCACCAACCCCUCAUAUCCUCUACCAUGUGCAACAAAAUUCCUUCAUCUGGAAAAACUCAUUUAUACAUUAUAGAAUUUGAUUACAAUUAUUA